UUUCGGCUACAGAUAGCGUGGAUGUCUUUGUACUCCAGCAGUGUUUCAGAACGGCACAUAUUCUACAUUGAUUUUAGUGUUCUAAAUUGUAAACAAAAUGCCUCCUAAGCCGAAACCGGCUGCGCCGAGCAAAAAGGCGGAUGCCAAAAAGAAAGAAAAAGUUAUAGAGGACAAAACUUUUGGGCUCAAAAACAAGAAAGGUGCGAAACAGCAAAGAUUUAUUAACCAAGUAGAAAAGCAGGUUAAAACUGGUGGUAUUGCUCCUCGUAAACUUGGUGAAACCGAUAAGCUGAAGGAUAAAGAUGCUAAGGCUAAGGAGGCUGCGGAAAUGAACAUGCUUUUCCGGCCUGUCACAACUCAAAAAGUUGAAAAAGGUACUGACCCUAAGUCUGUGGUGUGUGCAUUCUACAAACAAGGCCAAUGUACAAAAGGUAACAAAUGUAAAUUUUCUCAUGACCUUGCUAUGGAAAGAAAGGGUGAGAAACGAUCUUUGUACGUUGAUAUGAGGGAUGGAGACGAGGAAGAUGAUAACAUGGAGAACUGGGAUGUGCAAAAGCUUGCUGAGGUUGUUGAAAAGAAGCAUGGUGAAGCAGAGAAGAAAAUGCCCACUACUGACAUUAUAUGCAAAUAUUUCUUGGAUGCAGUAGAGAAAUCUAAAUAUGGGUGGUUUUGGUCUUGUCCCAAUGGUACUUCCUGCAUUUAUAGGCAUGCACUUCCCCCUGGCUUUGUGUUGAAAAAGGACAAGAAAAAGGAUAAGAAAGAAGAAAUAUCACUUGAGGAUUUGAUUGAACGAGAAAGAGCUGCAUUAGGAUCUAAGCUAACUAAAGUAACUUUGGAGACCUUUAUUGCUUGGAAGAAACGUAAGCUAAAGGAGAAGGCUGAAACUGCAGCCAAAGAAGAAGAGAAAAAGAGACAAGACUUUAAAGCUGGGCGUCAAGUUGGGAUAUCUGGAAGAGAAAUGUUCUCAUUUAACCCUGAACUUGCUGCUGGUGAUUCAAUGGAUGAUGGUGAUGAAGCCUUUGAUAGUUACAAACGAGAAGAUGAUGACGAAGAAGGAAAGAUUGAGUACCGUGAACUUGAUCUUGAUCUUCUUGCUGCGGAAGCCCAAGAAGUUGAUUCUAGUGGAACUCAAGCUACAGAAGAUCGUUUGCAGAGGUUAAAAGAAGAGACAGAUGUGGAUAUUCCAGUUGCAGAGAAACAAGGAAGUGCAGAAACAGGUGAAGCUGCAGGAGCUGCUGCAGCUGCUAUAAAUGAAAACUUAUUUUUGGAAGAUGAUGACCUGGAUGGAUUAGACGACGAAUUGGACGAUUUAGAACUUUCUGAUCAGGAUCAGUAACAAUAUAAUAAUUAACUCUGCUGUGCAGAAUUUGUUUUGAAAGGGAACCUUUUUUUAAAGAUAAAACCUUCAUUUUUUUGUGAUUCUACUCCUAGCCAUUUGUGUUAAGUUUUCCAGGACAAGGCAUGAAUGAGUAUAUUUAUUCAUUAUAAUUUACCUGUUGUGAUAAGAGCUGCUUGUGGAAUAUGUAAUACACUGUUUUAGUCAAGAUUACAGGUUACUGGAAUGAAUUAUAUGAUGAGAGCCUUUUUUAAUUCAAAUGAAUAUCUGUUGUAUGUCUUAUUGGGCUAGAGUUCGUGGAUCACAUUUAAAUCAAACUAUUUGAAAGUUAUGUGUCUCAGCAAAUUGCUCUGGAGUUAUUUUCACAAUAUUUUUUUUCUGGCUGAUGGAAUUUCAGAUCUAUGUAUCAUGUUCAUAGAGUAAGGUGUCGAAUAACUUUUAACAUGUUUGUGAUGUCGCUGUUCAAUAGAGAAUACUUCCUGUUCAUUUUGAAGAGUAAGACCCAUCUUGUGUCCAAUCAGAAUUGUUACUAUAUUUUUUGUGAAUGUGUACUAUGUUAUAGUUCUUUGUGAAGACCCAAACAAGUGUUAAAUAAAUGAACUGUUACACCAGA